CUUUUUUAGCCCUUACCCUUUUAAACUGUCUAUUUCUUUUCAGAUCAAAAGUCUUCAUCUAUUUUCUUCCAGUUUUUCAGAUGCUGGUGUGCCUUGUUUCAGAAUGAGCGGUCAUUGUGAUGCCAGCAGUCAAUCGUAGCAGGGUAGGGUUAAGAUCUGCGUAAUCUCACUUGUUGGAAUUCACUAGGUUUGUUGUUGCUGUUGUUAUAGUGCAUCUUAAGCAGUACAUCCCUUUGGAAUUAUGGAAGCAGAAUUGGCGAAACAACGUUUGAAGGGUUGCAUGAAGGCAUUUCAGAGUCAUAUUGAUCCUGAAAAGGAAGAACAAUUGAGAUGCAUAAAAUUAGAGAUUGAAAGCAAAGUAAAAAGGAUUGUAAAGCUGAGCAAGAGUAUACACAAAGGAAGUAGAGAAGGGAACUUAAGGAGAAGAUCAGAACUUAUCCAACUUGUCGAUGAUUUUCACAAACAAUACAAGUCCCUCUAUGCUAUGUAUGAAAAUGUCAGAGGGGAAAUAAAGAAAAAACUUUGCGCCACAAACGACGAUGAUGCUGCAUCUUCAUCUUCUUCAGUUUCAGAUUCAGAAGCAUAUCAUUCCCCUUGGCAAUUCGCUGGCGAAAGCAGCUCAUACUUUUCCAAUGCUGCAAAUUUGGAAACUGCAAGUUUGGAUUUGGAUUCAUUACCUGAUUCACCAAUAUCUUCUGGUCAAGAACCGGAGUCUGGAGAUUUUUUCAAGGACCUGAGCAAUCAAGGCAAAGAGAUAGAGAAUAGCAUGACACAGAAGUUGAUAAAUGAAUCGGCUUGGUUAAAGGAGAUUGUAACAGAAAAAGAAGAAGAAAUCCUGUCUCUUACCAAGAAAUAUGAGGUUCACGAGAGCGAGAGGCUUGCUCAGAUGAAGAAGUUAGAGGAUCAAAUCGCUACGAUGAAGCUUGAGCUUGAAACCUCAUGUGUACGCAAGAAAGAACUUGAGGAUCAGAUUAUGUGCAAGUCGAACGAUAUUAAACAACUAGAAGAAAGUAAUACAGGGUUGCAAGCUCAAGUCCAAGAAUUUGAAGCAGCAUUUAGAGAUAAAGAAGAUCAGUUUUCUGAUAUUCUUACAAAGUUUGAGGAAAAUCAGAUCAACUCAAAGUCUAGAAUUGAUGAUUUGAUGGCACAGGCAAAUAGUCUGCAGCAAGAGUUAGACUCUUUACAUACUGAAAGGAAUGAACUAAAACAUAAACUGUUUAUACAAGAAGAGCUCAAGUCCUUAAGCGAUAAAAAAACUGAGUUGGAGUUAUCACUGGAAAAGAAGUGUCAUGAGGCAACUGUCGAAGUUAAGGAUUUAACCGAAAAGGUUGAGUUUCUGCAGCAGGAGUUGGAAACCUCGAGCCAUCAUAAAUCAGCACUAGAGUUGACACUCAAAGAAAAGACUGAAGAACUAUCAGACUGUCAUCUCCAGAUUGAUAAUUUGAGAGAGAAACUAACAAGCGCCAUUUUGGUUGAGAAGGAAACACUAAAAGAGAACGAAGGCUUAAAAGUACAGGUAAAAGACUUGAAAUUGGAGGUAGACUCACUAUGCAGCCAAAAGAGUGACUUGGAAAAGGAAAUAAGGGAUAUAAACCGAGAAGCUUAUCGUUCAAAGUUAGAAAAAGAGGAGCUAAGUGAUAAGAUGACAGAGUUAGAAACCAAACUACUAGAGAAGAAAGAAGAGCUCUCAACUCUUCAAAAGAAACAUGAGGCCUACGCGAAUGAUAUGUCCCGUCAGAAUGCAUCUUUGGCAGCACGAAUUAGCACGAUUCAACAGCAGCUGCGAAAUGGGGAAACUGAAAAAAUUCAUUUACAGUCACAGCUUGAGAAAGAGAAACACGAGUCCUUUCAUAGCCUUAAUGAAAUGGAAAAGAGAAACGCUGAAUUGACAACGAAGAUCACAGAUCAGGAGAAGUCACUAAGAGAAAAUGAAGAUACUAUUAACAAAUUGAAUGAGGAACAUAAGCAAAUGAAGACCAGGUUAGAAGAAUCCAAAUCCAAUUUGCAAAAUGCUGAAAGGAAAAUAGAAGAAAUGACAGAAGAACUGCGCAAGAAGUUUGAAGACGGUUUGAGAAUCUUGAGUAGAAGGAUCCGCGUGGCAGAACAAAUGCACCUUGAGAACAAGGAGUGGUACCAGAAAACAAGAGACUCGUACGAGAAAGAAAAUAAUGAUCUAAAAGAAAAGAAUGCAAGUUUGCAAUUUGGGAUAAGGGGUAUUAAGGAUAUAUCAUUGACAGCAAACGACACGCUAGCUUCACUAGACACAGUGGCUCUAAAAUUUGAAGAGUGUACAGCUCAUUUCUUUAAUCGAAUAUCCAAGGUAUCUUGUGAGCUGAAAUUUGUAAAAGAUUGGGUUAUGAGAAAAAAUAAAGCGAUAGUACAUGUCCAAGAUGAUCUAGAUUGCUUACUUGCACAGUUGGAUGACAAGGAAGCAGAGAUAUUAGUGUACAGAGAGAAAGUUUGGAAGUCAGACAAUAAGGUAAGAGAAUUGGAGAAAAUGAUAAAGGAGAAAGACGACGGGAUGUUAGCUCUCAAGGAGGAAAAGAGGGAAGCCAUUCGACAACUAUGUAUAUGGAUUGAUUACCAUCGAAGUCGCUCUGAUUAUUACCAAAAAUCACUUUCUGUCUUUGGCAGUAGAAGGAAUCUUUAGGAUUGUUCUUCAGUUAUAUCAUCAAUAUCUCUAGGCAUAUAUAGUUGUAUGAUGAAAAGACAUGCACAGUAGUAGGCAGCACUUGUCAAUCAUCAUAUUUAGAUAAUUCUGCAGGCUUGACAACUUCAUUCUUCUUGUUGGCCUGCUUAGAAUUUGUAGCUUUUCUCAUAUGUGGACGUGGGUGUAACCAAAUUUGUUGCUCAAUUUUGGCAUUCGUAUUACUGA